UGAGAAUAACGUCCAGGAGGAGUUGUUUGAUCAGAUCCUCAGAGGGAAACUGGAGUUCCCGUCUCCGGACUGGGACGCCAUCAGCCUCCCAGCCAAGAUGCUGAUCAGUCAGAUGCUGCAGGUGAACGUGGACACCCGCUUCACCGCCGAGGAGGUCCUGUCCCACCCCUGGGUGACGGACGAGGGACCCGGAGACCCCCACACCGCGAGCAGCACCGAGGAGCAGAUCAGUGGAGAAGCCCUGGACCCGGAGCAGGACUCCCCGAUGCUGGAAACCAAACAAGUUCCCUCCCCCAUGGUCUAAAACACGUCCUCUUUCAAACUCAAAACCAUUAACAACAAUGUGCGUUUGAUCGACUGGAAACCCCCAGACGAGUCCCCCUUGAAUCUGGUCUACAAGUUUGGAUAUUCCCCAAUAAUAAUUUUCAGUUUGGAACACGUCCUGGUUGAUCUUUUGGAAACCAAAUGAGAAUUAGCUUCAGAUCUGCCACCCUCGGUCUAGGAUAGGACCAGUUCUCUCCUCCUGGAAACCAAAUGAGAAUUAGCUUCAGAUCUGCCACCCUCGGUCUAGGAUAGGACCAGUUCUCCCCUCCUGGACCUAAUUAUCUUACAUUUGGAUUAGAAUACCUCCCUGUUGAUUUGAUGAUUUAUGAUUUAUACUUCUGCGUAAAAUCGACCCCGUGGCUGAAUGUAGCACGGUGGCUAAGCGUUUAGCACUUCUGCCUCACAGCAAGAAGGUUCUUGGUUUAAAUCCAGGUCGUUCCGAGCCUUUCUGUCUGGAGUUUCCAUGUUCUGGAGCCUCCGCAGGACCAUAAAUCAAGCUCUACUUCUACUGGAAAUCAAACAAGUUCCUCAUUCUUGGUCUAGAACAAAUACCCAUUAAUUUACUGAAAACUGACCAAGUUCCCUUGAAUCUGGUCUAGAGUACAUCUGAGUACCGUUUAAUCUAAAUACGUUCCCUCGCCUUCGGUCUAGAAUCCUGUUUCAUCUAAUGGAAACCAAACAAAUACCUGAUGGUCUAGAACAAGGUCAAUCUAGUCCCGUUGCUUCUCCUGGACGCCAAACCAGUUCCUUCAAAAAGGUCUUGUUUCAUCUACCAGAUACUGAACAAGUUCCCUUACCAAGGCCAAGGACUUGACCCCUUUUGAUCCACUAAAAACAAACCAAGUUCCUAGAAAAGUCUAGCACUUUGUCUUCACUUUUGUCUGCACUUUGUUCUUUCACCCAAGACCCAAUGAGUUCCUCACCUCCUCAACUUUGAACACAUCCCCUUUUAUCAAAAAGAAACCAAAAGAGUUCCCCUUAAAAUCUGGUUUAGAAUCAGCCCUGUUUCAACAACUGGAAACCUCUGGUUGAAUGUUAUCUUCUGGAAACGAUGUAAGUAUAGAAUGUAUCCCAUUGAAUUUAUUGGAAACCAAACAACUUCCUUGAAAUGUUGUCUAGAAUAAGCCCUCUAAUCCAAACCAGUUCCCACACCUCUGGUCAAAAUCACAUCCCAUUUCCUCCAGUGGAAACCAAACGGGACGUGAUCUCUGCUCGAGAACUUAUCCCAGUUCAUGUACUGGACACAAAGACGUUACCUCUGGUACCAAACAUGGACCUUCUCAUCAACUGGAAACCAAACAAUGUCCUUCAAAUUUGGUCUUCGAUAUGUCUCUUUCUUUCAACUGGACGCCGAAGGAGUUCCUGGACCUUUAGUCCAGAACAAGUCCGGUUUUAUCAACUGGAAACCAAACAAGAUCCUUCAAAUCUGGUCUAUGAAAUGUCUCUUUCUUUCAACUGGACGUCGAAGGAGUUCCUGGACCUCUAGUCCAGAACAAGUCUUGUUUUAUCAACUGGAAACCAAACAAGGUCCUUCAAAUCUGGUCUACGAAAUGUCUCUUUCUUUCAACUGGACGUCGAAGGAGUUCCUGGACCUUUAGUCCAGAACAAGUCCGGUUUUAUCAACUGGAAACCAAACAAGAUCCUUCAAAUCUGGUCUAUGUAUGAUAUGUCUCUUUCUUUUAACUGGACGCCGAAGGAGUUCCCGGACCGCUAGUCCAGAACAAGUUCUGUUUUAUCAACUGGAAACCAAACAAGUUUCCUUGCCUCUAGUAUAGAACAGUUUUGUUGCUUCUACUCAACACCAAAUGAGUUUUCUUCUCAUUGGUUUUUAAAGACCUUACAGUUAAUUUACUGGAAACUGAACAGUAUUCUUCACCAUGCGGUUUUGAUCCACUGCAUAUAACAUCAAGUUCUCCAUUGGUAUUUCCAAUUUAUUUCCUGUAAACUGUCCUCUCCUCUGGUCUAGACAAGCAUUUAAUAUACUGACGACUUUCACAAGUCCGUCUCUGCUGCUGCACUGGAAAGUAUUUACAUCGUCUCUGAUGAACUCCAUCAAGAGAUGGACUCCAUCAAGGGAUAGACUCCAUCAAGGGAUGGAGCUCCCAUUUUGUUUUUUGCUGGACACUAAUGAAGUUGCCGCACUGCUACUUGAAGGACACGCACCAUAUCAACACUGGGACACUAUGAAGGUGCUAUUGGACACAACCUGUCUCAUCACCCAGUGUACAGUAUCAUGUGACUGGACCCAUGUCCUGGAUAUGGCCCUUACCUCUGCUCUGACUUAUGCUUAAUUUAGAGGCUUUGAAAAAGGCCUUAAAUUACUACCAUAGGGUUAUAAACAACUGAUUAAUUGAUAAGUCUCUCUGGUUUAGGGAUUGUUUCCUCUGCCGCUUGGCGACCAGGAUGUCUUCCAUGUAUUCUGGGAAACGUCCCAUUUAUCCUGCCUUUACCCUCCAGCUCUCCUUUCGCUGACCUGAAGGACGUUUCUCAUUUCUUCUACUCGGCGCCCACCAACCCGAGGAGAUAUUUAAGUACUGUGCCUGUUUACGCUGCUGAUUAAGUCCUUGUAAUAUCCGGAAAUCUCAGCCCAUACCUUUCCAUACAUUCCACUCUCCAGACCCCGCUAUAGACAGACAAGGCUCGUUGUUUUUGGGUUUUUUACAGAUCACUACAUUAAAGUUUACCAUGGCUUUUUGAAAAGGAGCAGAUCUGUUUAAAGGGAUAACUUGACACCUUCUUGCCAAGAGUUGGAUGAGAAUUUUAUUUUUUUCAUAUCUGUAUGUAAGCGUAAAGCAGGGAGGAAAUACUCCAGCUCAGCCUCAAGACUAAGGUCCAAAGUUCAGAAAUCUGCCUCCCAGCACCUCCAACGCGGAUUAAUUGACAUAUUAUCGUUCCCACGUUAAUCUAUGUCAAUGUCAAAUGUAUUUAUCUAGCACGUUAAAACAACAGUGGUUGACCAAUGUGCUGAACAAGGUAAAUAUCAAAUACAGGAUUAUCUCGUAAAAGACAGUGUUACAAGUAACAUGGAGAACAUUUGAUGCUCAGACUCAGCUAGGACCAAAGGCCAGAGUAAAAACCAUGUUUCUCUAGCAAGGACUUAAAAGUAUAUAUAGUCUGCGUCUCUCGAAUAUACAAUGGGAGGAUAUUCCAGAGGACGGGAGCACCCACCACAAAAGCUUGAUCCCCUAUACUUUUUAGCCUAGGGACAGUUGGUUAACCUCAAUGUUCUGACUGGUGAAUAGUGUUGAAGUUCAGCCAGAUACAAAGGGGCCAAAUCAGGCCUUGAAGACCAGUAAAAAGAUCUUAAAAUUGAUCCUGGAAACGCACAGGAAGCCAGAAAAGAGAGGUUUUCUUGUACCUAUUGUUAAUUUAUUAUUAUGUUAAUUGUGCUCUUGCUCACCAAGACCUCUGUCCAACAUGUAACUCUUCAGAAAACCACAACAUGUGGUUUCUACAGCCCGAUUUCCACCUGGAUUUUUGAUUUCAUGAUUAUUCCAAAACCAGAUUUUUACCGAAAACACCCCCCCCCAAAACCUCAAAACUAAUGAGCCUUGUCUGCAUAGAAUCGCCCGUUCCUCAGCCUUCGUACUGUAACUCAAAUGAACUGAGUGACUUUUAAAACCUCACAAUUUAAAGAACAAAACACCAACCUGCCGAAGGUUUCUACCGGCGGUAUGACUGAGGUCAGGGGUCUCGGUCCGGUCCGAGCCCCGAGCGCCCCCCUUCUCCUCCCGCCUGCAGUCAGAGGACGAAAUCUGUUGUAAAUACUGUAAAUAUCAAAUGUCUGUUGGUGUCCGUCUGUGUGAGUCUGUUGUGAAGUAGGAAAACUGUAGCAGUUUAAAAAAAUAAAUAAACACCACAAUGAAAAGAAACAAUCUCAUCGUAGACGUCACGUCUCAGCAUCCCGAAAAAGACCUUGUUUUUCAUAAAGAGUCAAAGUCUCUUUAAAAGCAGGAGCAAGUCUUUUAUAUCUGGCUACUGAUGAUUAUUCCCAUAAUCUAUUAUCUAUUUGUAAAGCAUGAGAUAGAAAUGAGAAAGUCCCAAUUAUCCAGAGCCUUUACGUUUCUUUAUGUCCUUCCAACUAUCUACACCUCAAAAUUAUUCAGUUUUAUUUAUUAUUUAUUCAUUUAAGACGAAGAAAAGCAGAAAGUUAUUGCAUUAAAAAUGACUUAUGCAGUCGCUGCUUCACUGAUAAAUGACAAAUCAAGUAAAUGAUUUUUUUUAAAGAUCUUAAUGUGUUUUUUUUAUUAAACUAGUAGCUGUUAGAUAAAUGAAGUGGAGGAAAAGUAUAAAGUGCCAUGAAUGGGAGAUAAGUACACAACUGAUAUGGAAUAUUUGUACUUAAAGACAGUAUUUGGUUACGUUCCUCCACUGUACAUUUUAAAAUGUGGUUCCUAAUUAUUUUUUUAGAACCCUUGUGUUGCCUUUCUGUCCACCUGGUACUUUCUGGGUCAAAAUAAAAAAAAAAUAAAAAAAUGUCAACGUUGAUUUUUUUUUUGGCGCGCGGUUUCCACAUUUUUGAAGCUUUUUCCAACAUAUUUCCCCCUUUUUUCAAAGUUCUUUUAUAAAAACAAAAUUAAAAUGCUAUAAAAUUGAAUAAAAUACAGAAAUUCAUCAAUCAUUUAUUUUACUUGUAGAAUAAUGCUUGUAGGGAACCAUUCACGUUAAUUUAUUUUUUGACAAGAAACCCAAAUUUACGAUUUAGACACUUUUUUUUAAAUGGGUCAAAUUUGACCCGCGGACAACAAGAAGGUUAAGUACAUUUUCAAUGCUGCACAUUUACUUGUGAUUGAUUAUUCUGUAUUAGUACUUUAAUUUAAGAUCUGCCACCCCUGGUAAUGUGUUUUAGCUCCUUAUUAAAACCCAAAACAGGCUCGUGAAAAACAAGGUGUCUGAGGGAUGUUGACAAACUGAGGACGGAGAUCUCUGAGGACGACGGUGGAUCUCUUUCCUCACACGGUCAUGUGUCUGAGAUGUGACGUCAGUGGUUCAUCCAUCAAUCACGUCGCUCCAUACACACAUCCAUCAAGCUGUCAUUAGUUAUAACUGGUUAUUAGAAUCACUGAGGGUGAAGGUGUGUGUGUGUGUGUGUGUGUGUGUGUGUUAGUAAGUGUGUUUGAUUUCCACAGUGUAAUGUUUCAAUUUAAAAUCCUGUGGAAAGUACGAGUUUCUGUGUGUGUCUGUGUGGGUGUGAGUGGGUGUGUGUCUCUGGGUGUGAAUGUGUGUGCCUGUGUGUGUGUGCCGUGUGUGUGUGUGUGUGUGUGUGUGUGUGUGUGUAAAUAAGUGUGUUUGAUUUCCACAGUGUAAUGUUUCAAUUUAAAAUCAUGUGGAAAGUACAAGUUUCUGUGUGUGUGUGUGUUUGCAUCAAAGGACAAGUGGUUUAAAAACUUUUGUUUUUAAAACUGGAUUUUAAGUGUUAUCUGGAUAAAUGCGUUGACCUGAUGCAGUGUUGUUAUGACCUUGUCAUGACCUUUGAACUUAGCACGACCUUCCCAUGGCCUUGACAUUUUGGCCGAGCAGCUGAUUGAGAGUUUGGAGAUGAUGUGUCGUCUUAAAACGUUACUUUAACGCUCCUGUAAGCUAACGUGGAUGGUUCCAUGCAACGCUCUUUACGAGUAAAAUAACUGAUCACUUCACUACUUUCAUUAAAAUUGGCUGUUUUAUUAAUUUUUUCAACAUUUGAAGACUUUUUUUUAUAAAAACAACUUUAAUAAGAUACAUUUUUUGUAGAAAAGCUUCAAAAACAUGGAGAAAAAAAACAAAAACGCUUCAAAAAAAAAGCGCAGAAAAAACAAUCUUUUGGAAAAGUGACAAUAAACUUGACAAAAUUUGCCGGGAAAAACGACAAGUGUCGAAAAAAGAUGACGUUUUAAUUGCAAAUUUUGCCCCAUAAAAAAACCUAAAAGUUGCUCGUUUGACGGGAAGACGACACGAGAGUUAAGAUGAAACUGAGUGUAAAGUCUGCGCCAAGACUAAUGAUCACGAACACGUUAAUCAUCGUACUCGUUCAGUUCCUCACGAUUAAAUGACAGUUUGCAGCUUUUAAUCAGCGGCUCGGCCUCCGACCUUCUCUGAACCCGCUGGUCUUAACUCCUUUUCUCUUUCUUUAUACCAAACCGAGAGGAGCCUUCUGGUGAUUAGAGCUGCAGCCACACCUGAGUCGACAAGAAGCUCAAAUCUUCUGUUUUCAUGACUUUUGACUGGCUGUCUGCCACCUGAUGCUAAUGCUCAGUUUACUACAAACGUGUUUUAGAGCUGAGACGAGAGGCCAAAAGGUCAUUAAAGGUUCUCUAAGCGAUGCCACGUGUGUUUUAGGCUACAACAUUGUCACGUACAGCGAAAAUCUUACUAUCUAACUAACAGGAUUGUUUACGUGGUUCCAAAAACCGACUGAAUUCGCUGCUAAAAUGCAUUUUACAAACUGGUGAGUCAGCGAAUCAAUUGAAGUCAACUACUGAAGGAGUUUCUUUAAAAGCAGCCUGUAAAUGUAUUGCUAAGCGUACUGAAAUCCACUUAAAGGCUAUUCAAGUAAGAGCUCUUGUUGCAUAAUUGUGACACUGUAAACAUGGUGGAUUCCUUAGUUCCCGUUCUGGUUUGCGCUGCAUUACCUUCCAGGUAAAAUGAUUCAUAUCAGAGGAACAUUUCCUCUCAUCGUCCUGGGUGUUAAUGCUGUUUUUGGGAACUCAGGAUUUAUCUGACGCUGUGUUUCUUUUAUGUAACUAACAAAAGUACUAAAAAUACCGUCAAAAAUACUAAUUCCCAGAAACUGCGACUUCAUUGGGACUUGAAUGCACCUUUAAUUAAUUCACAUGCGGGUGGAGUUCAGUUAAAUCUUUACAAAGACAUGAGAAACAGAGUGGAUUUCAGAUUGAUUUGACCAGGGUGGCUGUAGUUAUUAGGCCCUGUGUGUGUGUGUGUGUGUGUGUGUGUGUGUGUGUGUGUGUGUGUGAUCAUUUCACAUCAUGCCUCAUUUUAGACAGGAACAGAAUUUUUUUUUAAUUAAGUGCAGUAGAGAAAUUAGGAGUUUGAACUGAACUGGGCUGGUUUUCCUGAAAUUAAUCUCUGAGUCGGACGUUGAUUUUUGUCGAGUUCAGUCAGUAAAAAAUAAGAAAUACAAAACAAAUCAGUAAAAAGUAUCAUUUAGAAGACAAUUCAAGUGACUAGAUUUUUUUUUAAAGACUAAACCCCUUACACCUUGAACCUGGUAGCUUCAAAACUUAUUGCUUAAAAUGUGUUAUUUCUUUACAGCGCAACUCAAACUAAAGAUUUUACUGAUGUGACUGUAAAUACGCAAAUUUAUAAGUAGUAACAAGAACUUUUACAACGUUAUUAGAUACAUUUAAUAGGCAGAGAAACUAAAAGAUGUUUUCUGAAGACACAAUGUUAACGACAACAAUGAAGAUUUUGUAAAAUUAAAUAACUUAGUCUCAUCAUUCAGCCAAUAACACAUGAAUUAAGCAGUAGAAAUGCUAAAUUAUUAAAGCACAAAGCCUGUUAACAACUAAUACUACUUAGUCUAACAGACAUAAACACGCCUUCAACUACAAUACUUAAGCGUGCAAACAAGUGCUGUCAUUAAAACACGUUAUUAACGGCUUCAACCUUUUUAACCCUUGUGUAGUCCGCGGGUCAAAUUGAACCAUUUUAUGUCAUAAAUAUGGAUUCCUUUCAAUCAAAUUGCCCAAAAAAAUAACAUGGAUGAUUCCAUACAACAUUACUUUCUUUGAAUUGUUUUUUUUAAAUCUUAUAGCAUUUAUUUAAAUGGUUUCCAAACAGUAUCCGGACUAAACUUUGACAUCUCAGAUGGGUAUCUGAGUUCCACUCAAAAUCCUCUGAUCUAUUAGUCAAAACUAUUCAUAAUUUGUCUUUUUAACUAAAAAUGUACGUAUAAUAUGAUGUUAAACCAGCUCAGGUCUUAAAAAAAGCACCAAGAGCGUGGAAAAAGUGACAAAUAAAUCAGAGAAAGCAACAAAAAAACAUCGGAAAAGUCCCCCCCAAAAAAUUAAAUUUUAAAUUUUGACCUGGAAGGACAAGCUCACGGUUAACGGGAAGACAACACAAGGGUUAAUUGCAAGAUUAACGUUUUUUUCACCUAGCAAACUUUGUAGUUUUUUUCCCACAUGCUGUUGCAACAACUAGCAACGUUAGAAGAACUUCAACACCCACCAGCUCUAGCUAGACCGGGAAACACACAACAAGCACGCCGCACAUCCGCCGUUUGGGCUUGCGAGCCGGCCAAAGAGUAGUAACGCUACGUUUCGAGUGGACGGCGAGCGCCAGACGCCGAAAUGGACGCCAAUAACUCAAACUUUCUUAAAGUUGUUCCUAGGAAAUUAAGAAACCAUAAUGUACACUUCAGAGUAUUUAAAAUCUAAAUGAAUGCUCAGCUGUUUGACGUCUCCGACUGCCAGAUGCUUUUAGGAAAACUAGUCCGGAGUUGAAGUGGACGGAGAUGUGAGAACUUUUGAGGACAUGCUGUAGGCAUGUUGCUAUGGUAACAAUGAUCUGUAAUGUGACGUGUGUUGAUAUGAAAACGUGUACGUUUGUUGGGAACAGGGUGCGGGCAUUUGACGAAAAUAUAAACCCGGAUUGUGGAUCGAGAAAAGAUGAAUUCAACUGUGAAAAUAAAGCUGAUGCAGUGGCAUCAUGU